GUAAUUAUUAUUAUUAUUAUUAUCUCAUAUUCUAUAUUUCUCUUUUAGAAUAUUCUGAGUUAGGAGAGAGAAGAAAAAGAGAGCGAAAGUGGAGUGUGAGCGAGAAAGAGAGAAAAAACAGAGUCUUGACCCGAAAGGUUAAAAGAAGAAAAAUUAGAACAGAACAGAACAGAACAGAAGAGGGUCCUUAAAUUAUCUCUUCUUCUUCUCGCCUUCCAACUCCCAGGGAAGGGAUUCGGCUGGUCCUCCUUAUUUCUUCCUCCAAAUUCUCCUUCCUAUUUAGUUUCCUCCUCCCCCCUGUUUUCCCGGCUCUGUUUCGGUCGCUUCAAAUCUAUUUGGGUGUUCCUUCCUUCCUUCCGCCAAGACAAUACAACCCCUGCCUGCUUUUGCUUUUGCUCCAGGUGAUUCAUGCAUUUUGAUUUCCAAUUUUGGAGAUGCAUUGUUUUACCGCCUUCGUUCCUUGGCGCCAAUUUCCAGUCCUCGGAUUCCUUUGUUCUGUUGGUGGGUUGCUUUGAAUCCCAGUUUUGAUCGUGUUUCCUACAACGAAUUUGCAUGUCCCAUUAUUGCUCCGAUCUGGGUUCCAAUGCAAGUUCCACCAGCCCGGCUAUUGAUGCUUCAAUUUUUAUUUUUUUUUUUCUUUUCUGAAUUUCGUUUUGUCCUCCUUGAGCUUGGUUAAGUUCCUAAGUUUGACCCCAAAAAAGAUUUCCUGUGUUUUGCUUCCUCCUGGCAGGGUUGCAUUUGAAUUCAACGCCAUCGAAACUGGCAAACAGCGGAAGUAGAGGGCGGAUAACCCCCAGCUAAAGGCCUUUUUUUCCCAGAUUUUGGGGAGAGGUGGCCGCUGCCUGCGGAGGAGGACUGACUGACUGACUCCAUCGCAUCGCACGCACAUGGAAUUUGGCACAACCCUUCACCCACAAUUCACAGACAUUCCCCCUUACAGCCUCUGAAAUUCUCAGUCCUCACAGGUCUCUCUCCCUCCCUCCCUGUUUCAUUAUUUUACGAAUUCCAGCCAUUUUUUUCUUGGGUUUUUAUUUUUCACUUCCUUUUGGAAAUGCGGGCGGUAACAUGAUUGUGAGAAGAGUUGCUUGACAGUCUGUAACAAUGGCGGGGACCCAUAUCUUGUGUCAGUCUCUCUUCCGCCAUUUAUUAAUUGAAUCGCUGGGUUUGACCCUCCCCAUUCCAAGCAUUUUCCCCUUAUGCUUAAAAACUGCAACCACCAAUUAUUUAACAUGGUCUUGAUGAUACAGACAAAAGAAAGCCGACCAAAAGUGUCGGUGAAUUUCACCCCCAUAAUUCCUUUCCAUCAUUCACGUCAUUAAUUACAUAAUUAACAUAUGGUAAAUGGUUGGUUGUGUGGUCGUUAAUGGUUCGGUUGUCAUUAUGCUUUCUUUCUCACUAGUCAACCAAAAAAGCAAUAGGACAAGAGAGGGACUGACUAGCUGUGAUUAUCGCAGAAGGAAGGGUGAGACACAGAUCGCGUAAGAUGGGUGCAGCUGAAGAUGAAGAGUCGAUGCAGUCAGCAAAGGAUGGAGAAGAGAAGAUUUUGGUCUCGGUUCGAGUCAGGCCCAUCAAUGACAAGGAAGCUUCAAGGCAUGAUGUGUCCGACUGGGAAUGCAUCAACGACACCACUGUCAUUUACAGAAACAAUCUCUCCCUCUCCGAGCGCUCAAUGUACCCUUCUGCUUAUACCUUUGACAAAGUGUUUGGUCCCGAUUGUCCAACAACUCAGGUCUAUAGAGACGGAGCCAAAGCAGUUGCUCUCUCUGUCGUCAGCGGUAUAAAUUCGAGUGUGUUUGCUUAUGGACAAACGAGCAGUGGAAAGACAUACACAAUGCGGGGCAUCACCCAUUCUACUGUGGCUGAUAUAUAUGACUAUGUAGCCAGGCACAAGGAAAGAGAGUUUAUCAUGAAGUUCUCUGCCAUGGAGAUUUACAAUGAAUCUGUCAGGGACCUGCUUAGUGCGGAUACAACUCCGCUUCGACUUCUAGACGAUCCAGAGAGGGGGACUGUUGUCGAGAAGUUGAUUGAGGAGACCUUAGGGGACUGGAAUCAUUUUCAAGAACUCAUGUCCAUCUGUGAAGCUCAGAGACAAAUAGGGGAGACUUCCCUCAACGAGACCAGCUCUAGAUCUCAUCAGAUUUUGAGGCUGACAAUUGACAGUUCUGCAGUCGAGUUUUUAGGCAAAGACAAGUCAAGCGCCCUUUCAGCCACUGUGAAUUUUGUUGAUCUAGCAGGAAGUGAGCGUGCAUCUCAGGCAUUAUCCGCGGGCAUGAGGUUGAAGGAAGGUUGCCACAUAAACCGCAGUUUGCUCACAUUGGGGACUGUCAUCCGUAAAUUAAGCAAAGGAAGGAAUGGGCAUAUCCCUUUCAGAGAUUCAAAGCUUACGCGCAUAUUACAGUCCUCCCUGGGUGGCAAUGCCAGGACCGCCAUCAUCUGCACCAUGAGCCCUGCACGAAGCCACGUUGAGCAGUCUAGAAACACUCUCCUCUUCGCAAGCUGUGCUAAAGAGGUGUCUACUAAUGCUCGGGUCAACGUUGUCGUGUCUGAUAAAGCAUUGGUCAAGCAACUGCAGAAAGAGUUGGCAAGGCUGGAGAACGAAUUGAGAAGUACAGGAGCAAAAUCCGUCUCGUCAAAUGUCACCGAGUUACUGAGAGAAAAAGACAUGCAGAUUGAGAGGCUGACGAAAGAAGUAGCAGACCUAAAUAGACAGCUAAACGUGGUUCAGACACGUGUCGAUGAUGCUCGAUCUGAAAGAGUCAGAGUCUCAUUUCCAUGGGAAGAGGCAGGUCAGCAAUACCCCAAAUUAAGAGUGCAGAAUUCCUGGAAAUCCGAGACCUCAAUAUCAUAUUCACCUAUCUCCGAGGAUCCUCGCAUGACGGAGACUCUUCGAUCUUUCGAACCAUCUCAGACCUCGGAGGACCAGUGCAGUAUCAUUUCCGACGAGUCCUUCAUCCAACUUGCGGAAUUCCAGGAGUUCCUUCAGUCGUACGCCUCACCAGAAGUAUCAUUUGCCAGUACAGACAAAUAUAUCAGAGAUGAAGGCUGUGACAAGGAAAUUGAGAAGCAGAAUCAUGACAGUAUAGACACUGCAUCAUGCAAAGAAGUGAAAUGCAUCGAGGUCGACAACUCAGCGGGUGGCAGCAGUGUUUCCUCCUCGCAUGUGAAUGAGUCAGCAUCUAGCCCCAACAACAAUGGACAUUCAGACCCUGCUGUCUCAUCUUCUCUUCUUCCAGAGAUGGGUAUUUCGGAAUGCACAGAAUUUGACUCCAAUGAAGCUGAUAAAACGAAAGAAAUUGUAUUAUCACCAUUGAAGGAGGAAGAAGAAGAAGAAGAAGAAACUUUGCCAGAGAAGGAAUUAGUUUCAUCUCCAGUGAAGGAGGAGAAAGUGGAUUACGCGGAGAAAGAAUCCGCUGAGGAGAUGAAAGAACUGGUUUCAUCUCCAUUGAAGGAGGAGAAAGAAGCUGAAGAGAAGAAAGAACCAGUAAUAGUAGUGCCUUCUCCAGUGAUCAAUGAGACAGAAGCUGAGGAUAAGGAAGAACUAGUUGAGGACAGAGAAACAGAGGAGAGGAAAGAGUCUGUGUCUUCUCCCCUGCAGGAGAAGGAAAACAAAGAAGUAGCUCCAGUUCUGGCCAAGGAGGAGCAGGUGAUGGUGAGUGAAUCGCCAUCCGACAUCAACCGAGCAGGUAGCGAGACACCAUCGCCAAGGGAUUUCAUAAUACCAUCACCGGAGAAAUCUCCCUGGCUGAUGGAAGAAGACCUGUACACCCCACGAAGCUUGAGGUUGAUUAGGAGCAAAAGCUGCAGAGCAGCACUAACGACCAAAUCAACCCCGCAUUGGUUUGAGAGGACAGAAAAGAAUGAAAGCAGCCCACCUCCGUAUAUGUUUGAUAAGUGUUUCACUCAGAGACGAGCAAGUGUUGCCGGUCCCAUUUUCCCGUUGAGGUACGAUCUGCAAAAUGAUGUACUAUCCACGAGUGGCUCUCAGGAGACUACUGCAAUUCCUGAUGACCAUCUGGGACACAACGGCAAAACUCCUAGUGAUUCGAGUAGCAGCAGCAGAGUCAGGAAUGCCGCUGCUGAAUCGAUAGAAACGCCUGAUGCUUCGGUCGAACAUACGAAGCCAAAUCCUGAAAAGAGAGAUGUGGGGUUGGAUCCGAUACAAGAUGAUGGAGCAAGUUCUCCAUCAUGGCCAGCAGAAUUCAAGAGGCUCCAACGAGAGAUCAUUCAACUUUGGCAUUCUUGCAACAUUUCGCUGGUGCACCGGACCUACUUCUUCCUGCUAUUCAAAGGUGACCCUGCAGAUUCUUUCUACAUGGAGGUGGAGCUCAGAAGACUGUCCUUUCUGAAGGACACAUAUUCCCAGGCAAACCCAUCAAUGGUCCAUCCAGAAGCCAUGACACACAGUUCCAGCAAAAGAGCUCUGGAGGAAGAGAAACAUAUGCUGUGCAAGCAAAUGCAGAGGAACCUGUCCAAGGAAGAAAGGGAGAACCUGUUUUUGAGAUGGGGCAUUAAGUUGAGCUCACAGAACAGAAGACUGCAUCUGGUAAACCGACUGUGGACGAAGCCGGGAGACAUGGAUCACUUAAUGGAGAGUGCCAAUGUGGUGGCCAAGCUGGUUGGUUUCGAUGAAGGGAAAGAGCUUGCCAUGAAGGGCAUGUUUGGACUCCUCAAUUUCACUCCCAAAUACAGCAGGCGGAAAACUUCUCUGUGGAAACGCAGCGUGCUUUCCAUCUUGUGAGAGGGUUUGGGGGUAUUCGGCUAAUCUAAAGAACGUUGAUUAUUCUUUUUGGAUCUGUGCUAUAUUUCUUUUGCGACAGGAGUUGCUGAUGAUUGUGUAAUAGCAGAGUAGGAUUUGACCAAGAGAAAGUGUGCUUGUAAAUCUGAUAGCGGAAGGCUGUAAGGAUGCGAGAUGAUUGAAGGCUGUAAAGUUGGCUUUGUAAUGCUUAAUAAGAUAUGUUUAAUGAGACUGGAUGUUUUCCAAUUGCUUUUCUAUAAUCUGGCGUUUUGUGAUUAAGGUACUACUUAAGGGAUUCGAACAUGGAAUCUACAGGUUCUAGGCUAGUGGUAUUACCACUAGACCAAGCUAAUUUGGCGUUUUGUGAUUAAGGUACUACUUAAGGGAUUCGAACAUGGGAUCUACAGGUUCUAGGCUAGUGGUAUUACCACUAGACCAAGCCCUUUUUCGUACGAUUUCCAGAUAUCUUUGAUAGCUGCAGUUUGUUCUGCCGUUACAAAUCAGUCUCUAAACGCUUAGAAUUAAGCAUAGAGCAGCUUUGGAUCAACUCUUUUACCAACGAGACUUCUGCAUUAAAAUCACCAUGUCCAA